CCGUCCUCUCCUGCGUCAGCCCCUUCACCCCCAGCAUAGCGAAAGUGGUCGGCAGCGUAAGAUAUAUAUAGCCUUCAUGAUGGAUGACAACAGUUACGCAAUUCGUCGUCCGCUAUCGAGGAUAGACCAGCUGACAGGACAUCCACGCGAAUGGACCGCGUGGUCCGUAACUACGGGUAUGGGAACCAACGACGGGAUAGCUGGUGACAACGAGAAUGUGACGACUAAGAAUGAGCGACAGCAGUAUCUUGGCGCGACGGUCACAGCGUCGCUGCUGUUGGCAACAUUUGAGGCGCACCAGGAGCGCGACAGCUGUGACGUUUUUUCGUCUGCGCUCUUACCUCCCGGGGCACCCAUGAAGGUUUCUACGUGCUCUUUGUGCUUUGGUAGGAGAGCAGAGAGUUGA